AUGCUCUCCUAUUUGCUUUUGGCUUUCGUGUUAGCUGCCUCGAUUCGGGCUGAUUGCCCACCCGGAUCCCAGCAAAUCCCCAACGAGUUCAUCUGUGUUUAUGCAGUGUCUAACGGUUCAUCAUUCGAUUCCGCCUUCGUAACUUGUGAACAACGCGGCGGGUUGCCUUUCGAGAUCAAAAACGUUUUCGAGAAUGCUUACCUGAGAGCACUUAUUGACAUUUUCUUCAACGGAUCGCCAGCGUUCAUUGGUGUGCAGAAAGGAGAGGGAAAUCGAUGGGUUUACAGCGACGGAACACCAUUGAUCUACAACAAUUGGGGAAAAGGACAACCAGCUCAAUCAAAUCUCGCUUGUGCUCAACUUGACUCGGCCACAGCUGAAUGGUCAACCGUGUCUUCCAAUUCGACGAGCUGGCCAUCUAACUCUACACAGACUCCAUAUGCUAACUCGACAAACUGGCCCUCCAAUUUCACUUUGCCACCAGCCAACACCACCAAUUGGCCAUCCAAUUUCACUUUGCCACCAGCCAACACUACUAACUUCCCGUCCAACUUCACUCUGCCUCCAGCUAACUCCACAAACUGGCCUUCUAACUUCACGCUGACUCCAGUUGCUAACUCGACGAAUUUCCCCGGAAACUUCACCAACUCUCCAAGCAAUUUCACAAAUCCGAUCUUCAGCAACUCGUCAGUCACUUUCCCAGCUUACAACUACACGGCCGGUCCUUCAGCUAAUGGGACCACACCGUCGCCGUUAGUUUUGAAUGCUCGUCAAAACUCCACCGUCGUGCCAGUGGGCAACUAUACCGUGGCACCAUUCACAUUGGCUCCAAACGUGACACUUCCUCCAUUUGUCAACCCUAACUCGACCAACACUCCACCCCAAACAUCAACCACUUCAUUUGAUCUCGAGCGAUUGGUUGGAAAAGCUUUCAUGGCGGGACUGGGCUUGGUCAAUCAU